CUCGGGUUUCUCCACAGAGUUGCUUGGCACGGUCACCAUAGGGAUAGCCCUUUGGUUGGCCAAAGCAGAUGCACCGCGUUGUGAACUAUUGUUCACCGGUGCUCCGCUUUCAGAGUGAUUGUCGUUCAGAACAUUCUGCCCAACACCAAUCUCGUUUUCUUGAGAAGUCAUUUUCGUUCUUUAACGUUUUUCCGAAAACACAAAAAUUAAGUUCGUUCAUCAAAGUGACAAACUACGUUUUUAGAUUGUUUACCGCAGUACAACAACCAAGGCAAAAUACGUUUUAAGAUUGUAUCCGUAUUAUACAAACUCAACAAAUACGUUUUAAGAUUGUAUCCGUAUGAUACAAGCUCAACAAAUACGUUUUAAGAUUGUUGGAUGUGUUUCGGAAAAUAAAGAAAAAUAAUUAAAAUAAAUUAAUUAAAUAAAAUGACUGGAGAAAAACAAGAAAGGAGAUGAAGCAGAAUUAGCCAAAGCUCGUGCUACGCACGAUUUCCUUAAAACGUAUUUGUUGCCUCCCACGGUGCUAGGAGCAUUGCAACAAUCGUUUCCCAGGAUAUGAUGACUACGAACUAAUGUUUAAGCACACAAACAGGAGUUCCAGCGAACGAGAACCAAGUAUGAACACAGAAGGAUUUUUGGGAGUAGCUGGAAGAGUUUUUAGCUCAAGAAAACGUGAGGAAAGUGAUGUGCGUUGUCAAACAGUGUGUCUGUUGCAAAGCACCUGCCAGCUAUUUAUAGGAGGAUUUGUUGUGUGUUAAAUGGGGUGUUAAUGGACCUGAACGUUGGACAUCAAUGACCAGUCCGUUGGGCAUUGAAUCGUCCAUAAACUGUCCAUUUAACGCAGCAUUAAAAGAUAAGAACGUUGGGCAUUAAUUGUUGUAACGGAAGAAGUGCGCGGCAGAAGACCCCAACAGAACUCCCCUUGGAGGGGUUCUGUCCGAAGCCAACAGAACUCCCCUCAGAGGGUUUCUGUCCGAAGCCAACAGAACUCCCUUGGAGGGUUUCUGUUCGAGGCCUUCUGUCCGGAGCCAACAGAACUCCCUUGGAGGGUUUCUGUUCGAGGCCUUCUGUCCGGAGCCAACAGAACUCCCUUGGAGGGUUUCUGUUCGAGGCCUUCUGCGAAAAAACGUUCGGGAAGAAAACAAAAAUUAACCGUAUCUCUUGAGAAAUAGAUUUUUGGACGGCAUUCGUGUCCGCAGGUCGCCCGCGCACACGAGUCGCGGAUUUUCUUCUCCGUUUCGGGAUUUGAUCGGCACCCCCCCCCCUGCGCGUAAGAGAGAGCCUUUCCCUUUAGGAAUCUUAACUCCUUAAAAGAGGCUUCCCUUUAAAAGGGGGUGAAAAUCCCUUGAGUUUUUCGGUGUGGGAUAAAACACACUAGAAACUCAUCAUUUUCCCAGUUUUUCCAUUACAACGAGCGAACUUCGAGAAUCAAUUUCUCAUUCACCCGUUAUCCGUUUUGAGCGUACCAUAUAUCGAAUUGUAGCCCUUAACAAGGACAAUCCGAAACCACUUUGACCCGACCCAAAUCGGAAGUGGACCCCACUCAAAUAAUUGCCCCAAAAUGACCAUUUAAUGCAAUUUUUAACACAUUUUUCCAACAAUUGGAACCAAAUGGGUAUUCAAGAACAAGGCUGAUGAAGAUGGCAACAUUGUAAGGAAUAAAGUAAGGCUGGUAGCUAAAGGAUAUUGUCAAGAAGAAGGAAUAGAUUUUGAUGAGACUUUUGCACCAGUUGCCAGACUUGAAGCCAUCAGAAUCUUUCUAGCCUAUGCUGCCUACAACAACAUCAAGGUCUACCAGAUGGAUGUCAAGAGUGCAUUUCUGAAUGAAGAUCUUGAAGAAGAAGUUUAUGUGGAACAACCACCAGGUUUUGUCAUUCCAACUCACUCCUCUUGUGUCUACAAGCUUAAAAAGGCCCUCUAUGGUCUUAAGCAAGCUCCCAGAGCCUGGUAUGACACAUUGUCCCUUUUCCUAGUGAACCAUGAGUUUACUAAAGGAAAGGUUGACAAAACUCUAUUUCAAAUCUCUGUUGCUAAUCAUAUUCUGUUAGUACAAAUAUAUGUUGAUGAUAUUAUAUUUGGUAGUACUAAUCCAGAACUGUGCAAGAAAUUUUCUCAAGUGAUGCAGAGUCAAUUUGAAAUGAGUAUGAUGGGAGAACUCAGUUACUUUCUAGGACUUCAAGUCAAACAAGUUCCAGAAGGAAUCUUUAUCAACCAAGGGAAGUAUACCAGAGAUCUGAUCAAAAAGUUUGGAGUGGAAGACAAAUCAUCAGUGAAGAUUCCCAUGAACACCUCAGAAGGAAUUGGUCUAGAUGAUGAAGGAAAGGAUGUAGAUGCAACAAUAUAUAGAGGAAUCAUAGGAUCUCUGUUGUAUCUAACUGCAAGCAGACCAGACAUCUCAUUCUCUGUUGGAAUCUGUGCCAGAUACCAAUCAAAGCCCAAGGGAGGUAACUUUGAACUAAUUGGUUACUCUGACUCAGAUUUUGCAGGUUGCAGACUAGACAGAAAGAGCACCUCUGGUCACUGCCAAUUGCUAGGAGGAAGGCUUGUUUCCUGGUUUAGCAAGAAGCAGAACUCCAUCUCAACAAGUACAGCUGAGGCUGAGUACAUUGCAACUGGGAGUUGCUGUGCUCAGCUACUCUGGAUGAAGCAACAACUGAAGGACUAUGGAAUUCAAGCAAAGGAGAUCAAGCUGUUGUGUGACAACACCAGUGCCAUUGCUAUCACUCAAAAUCCAGUUCUUCACUCCAGGACAAAGCACAUUGAGAUCAGACAUCACUUCAUCAGAGAUCAUGUUGAGAAGAAGCACAUAUGCAUGGAGCAUGUGCCAACAGAAGACCAGCUUGCAGAUAUCCUGACAAAGCCUCUUCCUGAGGCUAGGUUCAACAAACUGAGAGAGGAAUUGGGAAUGAUGGAUGAGAUUCCAAGGGAAAGUUGAAAAGGAAGGCCCUCUGUUGCUAAAUUCCUGUUAACAGAACACCUAUUGCAGAACCCCUUCUGUUAACCCCUUCUGUUCUCUACCCUGGCAGAACACCCCUGGCAACAGAAACCCCCUCUACAGAAAACCUCCUCUUGUCUAAACAGAAGGUUGUGGACUUAGAAAAUUCUGAAGAAUUUCUGAAAACCGGGUGACCUAGUAAAUUAUUAAAGGUCUUUUACCCUUUUACCCUUGAAACGGUAUCCAACCGCAUAAUAUUUACUGCGCCGCUUUUUACAUUUAUUGGUACUUUGGAACCGUAAAUUAUCUCAAACGUCCACUAACCCGUACCCAUAAAACCCCCUUUCGCAAACCUAAAUCGUUACUGCUCUCAAAACUCUCAAGCUUUUGAACUCUUAUCUCUCCAAAACUCUCAAACCGCUAAAAACUCCAUGGCUUUCUUGAGCUUCUCCGAUCUUUCCAAGGAACAAAAGGCAACUCUACUGAAGAAUGUACUGACAGGGAUGAGAUGCGAACUGGAAGUCCUACCCAGGUUCGCAGAGAAAACAGAGAGAAUGACCACCAUUGUUGACGGACUAUCACAAUGUCAACUGAGCAAGGUCAUCACUCACGGUUAUGAGGCCUACAACAACAUUGACACCGUUGAGUUCUAUCUCAACGCAUCCUUCAAGGAUGAAAACAUCUCCUCCAUCGUCCAAGGAGAAGAAAUUUUGAUUGAUGCUGACGUCAUCAACAACAUCUUCAAUAUCCAACUAGAGGAAGGCAUGGCCUCUCUACUUGAUUUGGAGGAUACUGACAUCCCUCUGCCUGAAUUCAAGAAGAAGUUCUGCAGAAAAGGUGAAGAAGUAGAGAAGGUCAACAUCAAGAAGAACCUGCUCAAGAAGGAGUUUGAGCUGCUCAUUAACAUUUUCCACAAAUGUCUAUGGUGCAAAUAUACCUCCACAGAUGAUGUCACAACUGCAAAUGUCAAGGCUCUCUACGCAGUGCAUCAUGGGGUAAACAUCAAUUGGGGACAAGUCAUGGUGAAGUCCCUGAUUGAGGUUAUCAAGAAGAAGAACCCAAAGACUAGCCUCUACUCUGGGAAGAUAGGGCAUGGACUGCUAAUCUCAGAAGUGCUCCUCAAACAAGGGGUAACCUUGAGGAAGGCCACAGCCUUGGAUCACACCAAGGUAAUUUUCCUGUCUGCCUCUCCAAAUAGGGAAAAAGCCAUCAAGGCAGAACUGAAGAGACAGCUUUAGCUUGAGGCUAAGAGACAACAAGGAGAGAAGGUACAGAAACCCCUCUCUGUAGCCCCUUCUGCUCAAAAGAAGAAGAAGAAGAAGAAGACCAAGAAGGAAAAACAGGUUGAUCCUCCAACCAUGAAGGCUGGACAGAAGAGGAAGAGGACCACAAAGCUUAAGAAAAAGGUUGCUAAACCUGUGGUCUCUGUGUCUGAGGAAGUGGCAGACACUCAGGGGGAACCAGAGAUCCCCACCUCUGCUGCAUCUCCUGACCAGAAUAGGGUGUCUACUCCAACAGAGCACCCUAGUCCUGUCAAAGAUGGGUAUCUGUCCUUGCUUGACAGACAGUUUACCCGGGUCCUUGAAUGGAGAAGAUGGAGAAUGGGACCCCUCCACAAGAUAAUCCAGUAUUUUGAUCACUAUGAGCCAAAAGAAGAAGCCAUCCUGAAUUGGGUUGGGACUGAUGAUGUCUCAAAGUGCUUUGCCCUCAACUAUCUUCAUUCUGUUCUUGAGAAGAAGAAGGCAAGCUACAAGGGAAAGGCUGUUCUCAUCUCUUCACCCUCAGAGGAGACAGUCAAACCUUUAGAAGAUGGAGAGAUAGAAGCCUUUGAAGAAUGGCUAUUCACCAAAAUGGCAACUGACUCUGUGCAACCCAACUUCAACCCAGGAGAGUCCUCUGUACCCAAGACAGAAGGGCAAGCUAUGAUGGAGCAUAUCAAAGAGUGGAGGUCUUCUUUGCUCAAGGAGAACAUCAUUGAGGUAAUCUCUCCAACCCCUUCUGUCAAUAUUCCAACAGAACCCCAUAUUCCCUCUCCUCCCACCAGCACAGAAACCCCUCCACCAGAACACCCUCAACCCAAAUCUCCUGAACAGAAAACCCCCACCCCUCCUCACUCACCCAAAAGGAAAAUUGUUUCACCUUGCAGAGCAAUUGUUCCCUUCAGAAACCGCUCACCUUCACCCCCACCAUCUCCUCCUCAACAAAAUGCCUCACCUAUUCAAUCUUCACCCCAGCACCAGAACCCCUCCUCCCAACAGAAAUCCUCUUCAUCCUCUGAAUCUGAACAUCAAACCCCACCUCCAGAAUCAACUCCUCCACAACAACCUGCAGAGAAGCUUAAACCUGUAUGGUUUCUCAGAGAUUCUGACCCUACAACUGUCUCCCCCAUCUCUGCAUCCCAAGGUAAUUCUAGGCACUCUACUGCCCCCAAUCCCUCCUUCAGAAAGAAGAAGAAGAUAGUCAGAAACACAAUACCUAUAUACUCUUCUUAUGAAGACUCAUCUGACAUGGAUGGAUUCAUGGUCAGCAAGUCAUAUCAAGCCACAUCAAAGAGACAGAAGACCCCUCCUCUGACUCAACUUGAGCAUGAACUGCGAGUCCAAUCUCUCUCAUCUGUCCAAGAACAUCACCCCUUGCCUAAGGGAAGAGGUCUAGAGAUGCCUCCAGCUGAUGGACAACAGAAUAACAUUCCCUUCAACAAAUUUGUUGAAUCUGCAGAAGGCUUUGGUGGACAAAUCCUCCAAGGCAUGGACAAGCUGAUAGAGAUCAAUGAUAAACAUUAUGGGCACCUUGCUCAUGUGAAUGAUAAUCUGAAUUCAGGAAUGCAGUUCAUAUCUGAUUGUUUUGAGAACCUCACAUGAACACUCAACAACUUCAUAGCCUCCUCCUCUGCCAGAACAGAUGCCCUGUCAACAGAAGUGGUAGGCAUCCACAACACACUCUCUAUCUUUCAACAGACUCUCCUAGAUCAAGGACAGGCAAUCAACUCUAUCUCACAGAACCAUGAGGCCAUGAAGAAAUCUGAUGCCAGAACAGAGAGACUACUGACCUCUAUUGAGGAAAUGUGCAGAGCUCACCAAGAACAAGCUCAAGCUCUCCUAUCUACUGACAGAGACAGAUAUCAGAAAUUGGUGCUGCUUGAAGCCAAUAACAAGGACAUCUUCUCUGCCAUUCAGAAGCAGCAAGGUCUCAUUGAAGGCCUUACCUCUGUUACUCAGACUCUACCAGAGGCCCUAGAGCAGAUAACCUCCACUCAGGCCUCAGAGUUUCAGAAAAUAAGCCUGAUGAUAGAAGAUCUGCAUGAUGCCAAAAAGGGGGAAGAGGACCCUCAACAGACUAGGCCUAGGUCCCACAGAACUCCUACUAGGGCACCCUCCUCUGCUGAGCCCACAGUAGAUCCGGCUCCCUACUUUGAAGCUGCCCUACAGAAGAAGAGAGCAGCAGGCAUACCUAGACCCCCAUCUCCAGUAAAGAAAGGCACCAAGAAGAAGAAAGUGUUUAACUUCACUGAAUGGAGAUUGGGUGGUUCUCAGAGAAUUGACAGAGCUCAAUUUGAAGAAAUGAAGGCCAAAAUGACUCCCACCCAACAACAGCACAUCUAUUUAGACAAAGAUGGUGUUGUGAGAGUCAGGUAUGGGGGAUCUUUAGAAGAAGCUGAAGAAUGGUAUAAGAAGAACAUUGUCCCAGGCAAGACAAUACAUGAAGGUGUUUUCAGCUAUAUGGACUGCAAGCUUUCUCCCAUUUGGACAUCUUAUCAAAGCUCUGGCAACCUUUCCAAGAUCAGAGCUGAAAUAAAUGAAGAACUGCUCAGACUUCAAAGAUUGGAGGAAGAAGCUCUACAAGCAGCUAAUUUGGAGAAUGUGUAAGGAUUAUUUCUGAAAAUCUUAUCUAAUAAAAUCACAUCUCUGCCUUCUUACUUUGAAGUGCUUUUCUUCAAUUCCUGUCUUUUUGCCUUCUGCUUGUGUUUGCUUAUUUCAUUUAUAUUCUGCUAUCUGAAUGUACUGUACUCUUACUAUAUUCCUAUGCCAAGUUGCCCACCAACAUUUUAAUGGAAGUUUUAAACUUUGAAUUUUUUAUGGUGAAGGCACUUCUCUGAAAUAGUUAAAGGGUUUUGGCAUCAUCAAAAAGGGGGAAAUUGUAAGGAAUAUUUGUAUUUAGAUUUUGAUGAUGCUAGAUUAAUUAGGACUUUAGAGUACCCCUAUUUAGACUUAAUGUAUUAGAAUUUUCAUUUGUAAAGUUCUUAGUGUAAUCGACUUGGCAGAAUGCCUUCAGAGCAGAAGACCUUCUGAGCAGAAGGGCUCCAAGAGCAGAAGACCCUCUUAAGGCUUUAUUGAAACAGAGGACCUUUGGUUCUCUGCUCCAGAACAGAAGACCUCAGGGUCUCUGUUACCCUUUACUCUGACAGAAACCCUUCUGGGUCUCUGUUGGAAAUAUUCUCAACAGAAGUGCUCCAGACCUCCUCUGUUCAACUCUCAGCUUAAGACACCAGAAGGUCUGACACUUAGAAGAAUUCCACAAAACCGGGAAGUCAACUAAAAGAUUCCUUCAACGGCUAGGAGUAUGAAAUGGAAAAGCUACAGUGCGCGCAUUAAAUGCUCAUUUAAUGCUCCCCAUGCUCCGUAGAGUAAUUGCAGAUGAUUGGCCGCAAUGUCAGGAAUACUUUAUCCCAAAAUAGUAACCCGCCAACUUUACCGGGCUCUACUAGUCAAGUCAACUGAUCACUCAUUUAAUGCAGUUGUCCUCCUACUCCUCCAACGGGAAGACAACCUCAGUAUAAAAGAUACACUACGAAGAACAACCAUAUAACUUUGCAACUUUUGCUAAACAUUGCUACAACUCUUCAUACAAGAAAUUCAAACGCCAAAAAGCAAAAAGCCUCCUUGAGAUUAACACUUCAUCAUCUUCUACAAGAGAAGGCAGAAGUUGGAAAAAGAAUUUUUCCAACUCAAGCAAAGUUCCAAGUGUUCUUCAACUCUUCAAGCUCAUCACAUACAAAUCCUUUGUAACGAAGCUAGUUGGAGGAACCCCUGUUUCACCAGAAACUCUUCUUGCUACAAGAAGGACGUCCAAGUAACUGGAGUAGUGAAGUCGUGAUACUUCCAGGAAGCUCAGUGAAAGGACCAGUCUUAAAGGAAGACAGGCAGUGCAUCCCAGGAGACAUCUAGACUUGAAGAAGACGUGGAGAGCUUCUUAAGUGCUAGGACUAAGGCAUUGUAAACGGAAGUUUUUACAGCUUAGUGGAACAGUGGACUAGAGGAACAAGUUGUUCCUUGAACCACUAUAAAAAUCCCUGGUGUCAUUUACUUACUGCUUUAAUAUUUGCACUUAGAUAGAACUGUCUAACUCCUCAGACUUGGUAUCUGUGUUCAGCAGAACUUGUCCUACGAGUUAACAGAAGGUCUACUGCCUUUGCUUCUCUGAGGCUAAAUCAACAGAACUCCCUACUAGAACCCCAUCCGCUGCCAGUCUGUUCUGUCAACAGAACAGGCUAUUCUGUAAAAUCUGGUACUUAGUUUAAAAAGCUAAAAACCAAUACAGUCUAUUCCCCCCCCCCCCCUCUAGACUGUAUCCAGUACAACCGGGACCAACAAACUUUGAUGAAGGACGAAUAGUCAAAAGUGAACUAUAAACCUGAUUUCUGCUUGCAGAUGUCGCUUGGUGUAUUGGCGGUCUGCGAAUAACACCUAAUACUAAUAUCGGAGUAGAAUUGUUUGGAGGCCCCCUUGGUAGUUGAGGCCCAAGGCAGUUGCCUGGCCCAACUGCCCUCAAAGCCGCCCCUGCCACUGAAUUUAAGGCGCGCUUUGAGGCGUAACAUGUCCUUAUUAAAAUUGUUGAUCUUUUUGUAGUCAACUAAGCGGAUUUCAUUCCACUGCACUGUCAGUACGGGGAGCAAUGUGUCAUGUAUGUUCCCAAAAUGACCUUUUAGUGCGUCCCAUAGUUCUUUGAGGGUUUUCAAUUGUAAAUAUUCCUAGUGUAAGCUUGGGUCAAUAUGGCGUCUAAGGAACAUUAACGCAGCAACCUUUAUUUUUUUAGACGGUGCAGUCUUUUAAAUUUUCGAGAUCGGCAAGCGUAGCGGAAUAGUCUUUAGCCACAAAAGUGGUUUCUAUGUCAGAAACCCAGCGAUGGUACUCAAGUCCUUCUGAGUCCAAGAUGUCAAACUCGAGUCGAGUUGGAUCAAUCAUCUUAAAAUAUAAAAUUGUAUGAGUGUUAUAUACUUCCAUUUAUCGCUAAAAAAAUGAAAAAAUGUGAUUCUCUGUGUGAAAAUUCUUUAUCACAUAAAAAUAUGAUAUGGGGUAUGUCUCUUUGUAGACAAUAUUUUAUAAUGCAUCGAAGAGAGGAGAUGUAUAUUCAUCUCAUUAAAAUCAUAAAGAUUUUUUAUAUGAUGUUAUAUGGUGUGUUUAAUACAGAAAGUAUUAAUAUUAGUCUAAUGAGUGGGUUAGGCAUAUCUCAUAAUUUUUUGUUUUGAAGAAAAAAUGAAUUUAAUAAUUCUUUUAGUAAUAUUAUAUAUAUUUUCGAAUUAUAUAAAUAAUAGUUUGCCAUAUAUUUUAAUUAUCAAAAAAUGGAUCUAAAAACGAAUUUAAUUAUCGAUCUUUUUAGGGAAAUUAUUUCGAAUAAAUGGAGUUAUAUUUCGAAUUAUUUUUUUGUUUUUUUUGUAAGAACGAAUUUAAUAAUAUAUUAGUAAUGUAAUAUGCAUAUAUUUUUACAAAAAUAUUUCACCGUAUAUGUUGAUUACCGGAAAAAAAUUAUAGUUUUGUUUUCGUUUUUUUAAUUAACUUCGGGAAUGAGAUUGAAUUUUCUAAAAGUUGCAAAUAUAUAAAUUUUCUUUAUGUUUGGUUAAAAAAAUUAUUGGUGUUAUCGCAUGGUAUAUUUGUAAAAAAAAUGUAGAAAAAAAAUGUCAUUGCAAUUACAAAGAUAAUGGUAAUGGGAAAAUUAUUUGUAUAAGGAUUUUCUUUGUAUUACGAUAAUGAGGGGGGGGGGGGGGGGGGGGGGUUUAAUUUUCGAAAAAAUAAACUCUUUUUUUGGUAUUAAUUAAUUUAGGUAAGGGAAAAAAAAGUAUCUUAAUGUAUCGAAUAUAUGUUAUUUUACUCUGAUAAUAAAUUAGUAGAGAUUGCUAGAGUAAUUGUAAUGCAUGCAUACAACAACAACAACAAGUCAACAACAACAUCCAAGCUUUAAUCCCAAAAGAAUUUGGGGUCGGUUAACAUGAAUCGAUCAAUGAUAUCGAUGCCACAAUUGUAAUGCAUGCAUAUGACAUGUAUAUUACAAGAAACGUAGUGAUCUAAAAAAAUUGCCAAAUAUAUAUCUAGAAUUAUUUAUAUGACAAUAAAUGGAUUUUUGAUUUCUAAUUUUAGGUUAUUUACAUGACAAAUAAGAAUAUGACUGCAUGAUUGUAUCCCAACUAUAUGUAUAUGACAUAUAGAAUUACAGAAAUAGAAACAUGUCAGUGUAUUCUAAAAAAAUGUUUUAAAAAUAGGACUACAUGAAUUCCAACUAUAUGAGUAUAACAUAUAGAUUUACGAAAAAUUAGACAUGUAUUGUGCCCUAGAGAUAAUUUAUGAGCAUAAAAUAUAGUAAUUGUUAGUACCCAAUUUUGAUAAAGAUUUUGAUGAUGCCACUAUACAUAACGCGUGUACAUUGUGUCUCAAGUUUAUUUGAAUUAUGUGACAAAAUUAAUGUACAAUUUUUGUGACUAAUAAAAUGUUACCGGAAAAAGUAAAAAUGAAAUAAGGUAAUUUUAUUUACCUUAAUAGGAUAUUUAUAUCCUACCGGUAUAUUUUAUUAGACCACAGCAAUUAAACUGUCACUAAACAAGACCAAGUUCGUAAAUAAAUAUACAAUGAAUGUAUAUGAUUGGAGAUAAAAACUUGACCGGUAUUAAAUACCAAAUCAAGUACAGGGGUCUACAGCGAAGAUGCUUCAGCGGCUGGAUAAUGCAAGACAAAGAGAUCAGCCGCAAUAAAUGCUCCAGCACAAAAAGACGAAUGUACAAUUCGUCCUCGCCAGAAGAUCAACGGCAGAAAUCAAUUUAUCCUAACCAACGGAUAAGAUUGAACAGCCAAAAAGCCUAUAAAUAGAGGCUGAAAUGAAAGUUUCUAAUCAAGCAUUUAAGCAUCCAAAGAGAGAAUUUCUAUCAAGAGCAUUUACGAAAGAUCUAGCAAAAGAGAAAGGGCUAUUCUAAAACUUUACUCUCUGCUUGGACUUAUGCUUCACUAAACUUCCAGUUUAUCAAAUUUUCAUUGUCAUAUUAUAGAAGUUUAGUUCCUAGUUGGAGGUUAGAACUUUCUUGAAACAAAUCACAUAUUAUUGUAAACACUUAGGAGAACAGUUGUUCGGAUCCUACAGUGUAAGUAGAUAGAUAGAGUAUCUUUUGAUCCCCACUAGGUCAUUAGAGAAAAGUCUAAGGACUGAGUAACUUUGAGUGGUGCUAUACUCACUGUGAAAAACCUUCAAUCUAGGCCUAAGUGUUGUAAAGGCUAGAUUGGCACUAAGUGUAUUGGGCUUAAUACUUUAGUGAAAUCCAUCUGAAAGAGGGUGGGACUGGACGUAGGAGGAUUACACCACCUCUGAACCAGGAUAUACUGUGUGUUGAUUUACAUUCAGUAAACAAAGCACACACUUAGCACUUCUCACAAAAAGGAUUGAAGUUUGCCAGCAGAAUCUUAAGCAGUUGUCUUAACUGACCCAACUGCUUAUCCUACUGCUUAAUUACUUGCUUUCUUUGAGACCAUUUUCACACCUGAGACGCACCUCACCAUCUCUAAAAGGUCUGCUCUAUCAUCUCCCAGAAAUUCACUUUCUAAGUAUAGCAGGUGCCUCAGCAGUUCCCUGAGACCACCCAACUGUUGAGCCCUCUGCUCACAUAAAAGUCACUUCCUGUGACCGUCUCAGUUUCAUCAGCCUGCCAUAAAUAUCAUUGUCAAAAAGUACGUUCAAUUUCUGAAAGUCAGAUCAAAAUCUGAGCAGUUGCCUCAGCAGUUCCCUGCUACCUAGCUAACUGCCAAGUCAACUGUUAGCCAUCUAAGUCCAAUCUUCUCCAGAUCAGAAAGUGAUUAAAACACUCACUAUAUAAAGGGUAAAGACUUCCGCUGUGCAUCUAUUAAUCUCUCAAAAGAUUAUAGAUCAAUUCCUUUAGAGGGAAAUCUCUGUAAAAGACGAAAAGAUUUAAAAGUCUAUUCACCCCCCCGCCCCCCCCUCUCUAGACUUUUACCCUAUCCGGGACCAUCAAGUGGUAUCAGAGAGGAGUGUUCCUAGAGUUAGUUCCUGCCUAAUUUGAACUAAAGAUCCAAAGUCACUUCCCUCUCCCAAACACUUUCUAAACGAUGGACAGUCAACUAGCCAAAAACCUCUUAUUCAACCUAAACAAAUUUGAUGAUUGGAGAAUCAGGAUGAAGGCACAACUAAGUGCCUUACAUGAUGAAAUGCUGGAAGUAAUCACUACCGGACCUAUCAGGAUAAUAAAGGUCAGCACAUCCAAAACUGAUGACCAGGAGGAUGUGUACAUUCCCAAGCCCAAACUGGAAUGGACAACCGAGGACAGAAAGAGAAACAACCUUGAUAAUAUUGCCAAAGACAUUAUUUUUAAAUCUGUUGAUGAAUCCAUAUUUCCCAGAAUCAGGAAAUGUGAAACAGCAAAGGACGUUUGGGAUGAGCUCACAAAAAUUGGAGCUGGUGACGAACAGGAGAAGGACAACAAACUUACCACGGCCCUCAAGAAAUUUGAGGACUUCAAGAUGCUGCCAAAUGAGUCCAUCCAAGAGAUGGAAACUAGGUUCCUAAAGAUCACAGCAGAGGUCUCAGACCUAGGGAAAGAUCUACCUCAAAAAGAGAUUUCCCUUAAAGUCUUGAGAGGCAUGCCCUCUAAAUGGGACAUGAAGGUGACUGCUAUGAGAGAUAGCAGAGAUCUAAGAAUCCUAUCAACUGAUAAGCUCUUCAGUGAUCUCAAAGCCUAUGAAUUUGAGAUGAAGGAAAUUAAAGAAGAAAAGGAAGAUGAAUCCAAGACACUAGCUCUAGUGUCUGAGCCUGGCCCUUCAAGAUCCAGUGAGAAAUCCCUCAACAACCUCCUUACCGACGACCAGUUUGCCAUGUUUGUAAGGAAAUUUAAAAGGUUCAUGAAGAAGGAGGGAACUGCUCCAAAAAGACCAUACAAUCUGCCACCCAGGAAACAAGGGAGACCUCAAACCAGCGAGGAAACUAUUCUAUGCUACAACUGUAGACAACCAGGACAUUACAAGAGUGAGUGUCCUCUGCCCUUAGCCCAGAAACUUCAAGGGCAGCAGGGGACUGGUUACAAAGCUGGUUACAAGAAGGACUUCAAAGGCAAACGACAAGCCUUUGUUAGUGAAAAGAAAAAGGAGGAAACCCAAUCUGAAGAUGAAAGCAGCUCAAGUGAUGAAAGCUCUUCAUCUGAGAGCUCAGAGGAAGCACUUCUAUGCCUGGGAUCCUGGCAAGUGGGUGAAAAUGACAGCAGUUGUCUCACUGCAGAGAGUAGCAGGUGGCUCAGUGAAUCUUCCGCCAGUUUAAGUGAAAAUAAUGCAAGCAGCUCCCAUAAAUGCUUAAUGGCCAAGGGCCACUACAACGAUGUCGAGGUAACAUCCUGCUCCUCCUAUAGCUCUAAUGAUUCUGGACCAAACAACAUAACACUGGAAUCUUUAUUACAAGAUUUCCAGAAAGUCCAGAAUCACCAUGUUCUCUUAAAUGCUGAAAAUGAUAGACUGAAACAAGACAUUAAGGCAAUUCAUUCUAAAUUACUAGAUGCCUUAAGGAAAAAUGAUGUCUUAGAAAAGGAGAACAAAGAGCUGAGAAACUCCAGCACAAAUAGUAAAAACUAUCACCCUACUGCUGGAGUUACUCCAAAUAGGAAGAAAAGAGGUCUUGGUUACUCAUCCCCCACCAGACUCACUCAAAACAGUGCAUCUACAAGUAAUACCUCAUACACAAGAAAGCUCACUUACCAAAAACCUCAUCCCCAAAAUGUUCCCAAAAGAAGGAACCAACCUGCUCCCAAAUCAAAAUCCAAACACAUGUAUAAAUCAACAUCUCCUCACCAUCUAGACCCAAGAACCUGUUGGCAACCAAUCAACAAGACCAACCACAACAAAAAUUCCAAGCAGACUCCUCAAAUAAAUAAUCCAUUUCCCACCUCAAGGAGGAAAAGAAUUAACAAGUAUAUAGACAUCCCUUUUGAUUACAACACCUCAAAUGGCUAAGAUUGGUAUGCAAGACUGCAAACCAAUCGAUACCCCAGUUUCUAAGGGAGACAAGUUUAGUCUCAUGCAGUGCCUUAAGAAUGGUUUUGUAUCUAAAGAAAUGAGGAACAUUCCUUAUGCUUCGGCUGUAGGAAGUUUGAUGUAUUCUCAGGUUUGUACAAGACCUGAUUUGGCAUACAUUGUUGGGAUGUUAGGCAGAUAUUUGAGCAAACCGGGAAUGGACCAUUGGAAAGCAGCCAAAAGGGUCAUGCGGUAUUUACAGAGAACAAAGGAAUAUAUGCUCACAUAUCAGAGAUCGGAUCAGCUUGAGAUUAUUGCGUAUACCGACUCUGAUUUUCUAGAUGUCAAGAUAGCUUAAGAUCCACUUCAGGCUACAUCUAUAUUCUAGAUGGAGGAGCUAUCUCCUGGAGGAGUAUCAAGCAGACUCUUACAGCUACUUCCACCAUGGAAGCAGAUUUUAUAGCAUGUUAUGAGGCAUCUGUUAGUAUAUAUGUCCUAGCGACAAUCACUUUUAGAGAUAUAUGUACUUGAUCACAUUCAGUUUUAUAUAUUUGAUAUAUACGACAUUACACAUUGAUGAUUAAGUAUUUCGAUUGUCAAUAUCUUUUUCAUAAUUGUGUUCCCUUGGACAUAUGUUGUCAAUAAGUAAGUGGGAGCUUAUAUGAUAUAACAUAAGGUCAAGAAUGAGAUAUUGAUGAUAUGCGAUAAGAUUGGUAUGUGGACUGAAUCAUACUUUUAGAAAGUAUAGUUGAUCUCACAACUAUGAGUUCCUGUAAUUCAUGAUGGUCACAUAGAUAUUUUAGAGAAUAUUGGCAUACCCGCCGAGAAACCAUUUGAUAAGUUCUAUUCAUGUGUCUAUGGGAUUAUCGGCGUAUAGAGUAGUGUAAUAAUCCUCCGACUUGAGGUCAAUACGUACUACAUGUGCGGAGUGAUGUACUUUGACCAUGACCAACGCUUGCACUCCAAUCGGGGUAGAUACGGCAUGUGUUGGGUGCAUCACGAAGCACAUGGAGUAGUAGUUGAGCCAAGAAAGAAUCCAUUCCUCAUAAUAGAUUAAGAGAGAACAUUCUACUUCUCAUAUCUAGAUGGAUCAUAAAGUCACUCAUCAAUGCAAAGAUAUAUUCAUUUUGGAUAUCAAAUAUGAUCAUUAUGGAUCAGCUAGAAAGAUUGAGAGAUAGAGACUAAGUUAUUGGAAUAGACACAAUAUCAAGUUCUAGACUUAGUUGAAUGUUCGUUGAAUGAAAGGACCGUAUCACUAUGAGCUCUAUAUUACAGGGAGUUUGAUUAUUCCUCGCAAACGUCCUUAUAUAUUAAGAUUGUCUGGUAAAUAGUCUAGGGAUUCUGCUAAGAUCUUAAUUUGAUUAGUGCUUAAUUUAUAAGGCCCUAUGGGUCACACAACAAGUGAUUAUACCUUUCGAUUGAAUUGUUAGAAGGAGUUAAAUAUUAUUAAUUGGAUUAAACAAUAUUUAAUUCGUAAUAAUGAAAAUGGAUUAAAUAUUAAUUAGAUUCAUAUAUUUAAUUCAUUGAGUUGAAGGAGAGUUCUAUUUUAUAGGAUUAGUUAAGUGUGAUAAAUUAGAUUUAUUAUACUUACUUAAGAUGUAUUUUUAAUUAAUUAAAGUUGACACUUUUCUUUAUAAUUUAGAAUUGAAAGAAAAGAGAAAAUAAAAUAAAUAAUAAUAGAGUAAAGUGGCGUAGGUGCAGCCAACUUUUAGUCAUAUUAUUAGAUUGUUUUAUUUUAUUUAAUUAAUUAAUUUAAAUGAGUAAUAAGGAUUAUUGAUCCUAGUAGGACUAGAACUCAUUAAUGAGAAAGACUUUCAUUGUGAUUAGGAAACUAGUUUAGAACUAGUAUAAAUACAUCCUCCUCCUUCAUAAUUUAUGGACCAGUUUUCAGAUUCAGUAUUACCAGUUUAUUUCUCUGCGAAGAGAUUUCCUAGUCUUUCUCUUAGAGAGAUCUAACCGUUAUUUCGGAAAGGAGAAAUCACGUGGAUACCUAAGGUCAAGGAUUAUCACCGCUAGGCUGGAAGAUCUGUAAGUUCUAACUCAGUCCUUUUAUCACUGUUAUAUUCGUUGUUUUGUCGUAAUCAGGGAAGAUCUGUUUGGGAAAAUUUUAAACUUCUGCUGUUGUACUUUCGAGGUAAGUUACAUCAAUUUCCUAACAGCAUCCAAUCAGGCAUUAUGGCUGCGAGAUUUUAUUAGUGGACUCCGCAGAGUGGACAACAUUGAAAGACCACUUAUAAUAUUGUGUGACAAUAGGUCAGCAGUCCUUUAUGCUAAGAACAACAGUAGUUUGACCAAGGCAAAACACACUGAGGUCAAACUAAAGCUGUUAGAGAACAAGUACAAGAAGGAAAGUUGUCUAUAGAACACAUUAGCACAAACUCCAUGAUUGCGGAUCCACUCACCAAAGGAUUACCACCUAAAGUGUUUCAUGAGCAUGUUGCUCAAAUGCGUGUCAAAUCAGUUGAGGAUUAUGAGUUUUAGUGGGAUUUUGUAAUGUUUCUAUGUAUUUGGUUAUUUCAAAUUUAUAAAGGUUAUUUUCUGCAGAAAUAAAGUUUAAAUUUUUAUAUACUCUUACAGUUAUAUAAUUGAUCUCAAGGUGGACCAGUUGGAAAUAGACAUUCUACUCCAGACCACACUUCAUGUUAUUUCCAUGCUACACACCUAUACUUGAUCCAUGUCGUUUAUUAUAUUAAUAUAUGUAAUCAUUGAUGGGUCUAGUUAUACGAAUAUGGCAAAGACCUCUUUGGUCCUAUGUUAAUAUAAUUGAUGGACCGGAUUGAUUACAGAUGACUACAGUUUGAUAGCAAAAUUUUGAAGCUCCUAAAGUAAACAUACCAUGCUAAGGAUUGUGUAUACAUGUGUAUGUCGUCCAAGUGGGAGAUUGUUAGAUUAUUGGACUCAUACUACAUGUAAUACUCACAGUAUAUUAUUUAUCAGGUUUAAUUGUAUGUUAUAUGUUAUCUUAUAUUUAGGCCCAAAUAUUAGUGGUCCUAUGGAUAUUAUUUUAAGUGGGCUAAUAUAUUAUCUAAUAAGGUAUAGGGCCCAAAUGUGUAGAGAGCCAUGGGCUUAACCUAACUAAUGAUGGGCUUAUUAGGGUUAAGCAUUCUCUAUAAAUAGAGAGGUUAUGGUCCCUAGUUAAUCAUGUCAUUUCGUCUUUCUGCAUCCCAUCGUUAGAGAGAUAAUUCCCGAGGGUGUGUAUCAACUAGAAGACGCAAACCCUAGCCUCUGUCUCAGCUCACGGAUCUCUAAAGGUCAUCUCCAAUGGAGUCAGGUACGCUUCCGCUCAAUUAUUUCUCUAGAUAAUUCCAAUAUGAAGAUUAAAGUAUUGUCGGAUUUAUUCCAACACUUGCAACUCUCAUCGUCCCACAUAUUUAUCGGCUAGGCUCUCCACCGGUUCCCAUUCGUUCUCGCGUUCUUCCCUGUGCAUCUUCGCAGCCUCGCCCUCCAUCCUUCAUGCUACCACAAACGUCGAAGUAGGCCAAGUUAGCGCUUGGAUGCUGCGAUAAAGAAAAAGCCUCACGGUUACGGCACACUCAAACCCUAAGUGAAGGGAAAGACCGCUCUUCUCUCUUUUAGCUAUUACGACAAUACAUAACUUAAAUAAAUAUAUAUAGUGAAUACAAAUAUGAUUUUUUAUAUGAAAAAAUUGAAACUAAUAAUCCCAAUUAUUACUAGUCAGCUAAUAAUAACUUCAACUAUUGAUUACUUUUAUCUAGUCCCAGCUUUAUGGAUCGUCUGCGGUCUGCCAAUAAUGGUCAAUGACCGGUACCUUCUAUAUAGGUCAGUUUUAAAUAGAAUCCGCCCUGGGGUGGGCACAACGCCGGUUCUGGGGGAGGCAAGAGGGGCAACGCCCUAAGCCCGAAAAGAAGAAGAAGAAGAAGAAGAAGAAGAAGAAGAAAUAGGCACAAAUGUUUUUUAUAUAUAUAUAGUGUGGGUAGGCCUAAAAUUAUUGUUCAAUUAAUUAGGUCUAAUGAUUAAUUUUGUUGGCAAUAUGAAAUAUUAAACAUAAAUAAAGAGUCUUAAACAGAGACAAAUUUAAAACAGAAUAUUUUCAUUAAUUUUUAGCAUGAUUGGUUGUAGUUUUUAAAAGCAAUACAAUUGUGGCUGCAUAAAUAAAAGACACGUCUCUCCAGUCCUCACAUAU